AUGUCUUUGAAAAAAGCGCAACAGGCUCAACAGGCCCUGAAUGAUCAGUUCAGACAGGACGUGAAUAACCUUCAUUCUGUUAUCAGCAACCUCGAGAAGCUCGUCCGCUCUCCUACCACCGCUCCUGCCAACCCUCCCAACAUUGUCAACUCGGAUGCCUUUACGACACCAGCUCCACAGCCUCAACCCCACCCAUCAGGUACCCAGUCACCCCAAUGGACACAAGUCCUUCAGCAUCCUGCUACUGCCAACCCCAAACGCCGCCGCGAACACGCCAUCCGUGUUAUUCAACCACCACGCACGCCUAUUGACACUCCUGCCUAUGAUGUUAUUCACCUCCACUGUGCUCACCGUAUGUCUCACGCCCAAUACCGUGCCACUCUCGCUGUCGUUGGCAUCGAUAGUAAGCGCAUCCUCGACGCUACUUUCCCGGCCCGCAAUAUCGCUACCAUCUUGAUCCACACUGACUACCGAGACGGCAUCCUUCGCCGUUUGACUGAAGGUGGGCUCACUGCGAUCCCUGAUUUCAACCCUCUCAAUGCUCAACACGUUGCCGACCCCAAAUUUGAUGAUAUGCCUGCCCCUCAAUUAGUUCGUAUCGCCGCCGCUCUUCACGCCGACAGAUGCGUCCGCACAGUACGCUUCGUCAAGCUUCAUACUAUUCCUGGUGUUCUCAAGUUCUUCAUUGCCCAAAAUUGGAUUUUCACAACAGCCAAAGCUCAAGCGCUAUCCGCUGAACUGCUUCCUCGCCCUGCCAAACGUACUCCCAACAUUCACUCUAACCUCGGUCAACUGUUACUUGAGCCCAGCAUAGCAUCUCAAUUACGCAAACCUGUGCUGUACGAUCUCUUUGGCAAUGUCGUCGAAUCUGAUUUCAUGGAGGUCACCGAAGAAUUCCACCCUAGUGCACACUCGACUGACCCCGGAAAAUCUCAUCAAUGA